AUGUAUAAACAGACAAAACCGGACGUAGACAGCGCAGAGAUAAUCAGGGAACGCAUAGAGAAACAGUCGCAUGCUUACAGUAAUCGCGGCAGUGAAUUGACUACUUCAGAAAAUUGUGAUGAUAUUUUAAGAACAGCCAGUGAUGUUACAAAAGGUGGAACGCUUGAAAAGGCGGUGGUAGAUAAAAGCAGUUCUUAUCAAAACGCUGGGGCUACGGAACUAGAACCGAGUUUUUAUGACAACGCGCCGGACGGGGGAUGGGGGUGGGCGGUGACUUUUGCAGCGUUUAUGGUGGGCGUGAUUUUGGACGGAAUCUCGUUUUCGUUCGGGAUUUUCUACAGGGAGCUGCUUCAAUACUUUGAGGAGAGCAAGAGUCUCACUUCCUGGAUUAUCUCUGUGCUAAACGGAACCUACCUCGGCAUAGGUCCUAUAGCGAGUAUCCUGGUGACGGUGUAUGGAUGCCGACCCGUGGCUAUAUUCGGAGCCACCCUUGCCUCCGUCUCGUUCUUUAUGUGUACGUUUUCCCCCAAUGUUCGCAUCAUGAUCCUCGUCUAUGGCCUAUUGGGAGGUGCUGGUCUUGGGCUGCUGUACCUCCCUGCCAUCGUUUCCGUCGGUCACUAUUUCAAAAGAAAGCGCGCCCUCGCUACCGGCAUUGCCGUGUGUGGAAGUGGCAUCGGCGGCUUCGUGUUUGCGCCGCUUAGCGAGUUUUUAAUAGAAAAAUACACGUGGAAGGGUGCCAUGAUGAUCAUUUCCGCCAUUGUGCUCAACGGAAUCCCUAUAGCCGCCCUCUUAAGAUCCCUCGAGGGCUCGCUUACUUACUCUGAACGGAAGCGGAAGGUUGAGAGCGCCGAUCGCGCUUUGAAGGGAAACCGGUUAGACGAUGUUUCCGGUGAUAAACCCUCGAAUGAAAAUUCUGCAAAAAAGUGUUGUAACUUCGAUUUCUCAUCCACGUUCGAUUUUGAGCUCCUAAAAAGCCCGACAUUUAUUGUAUAUGGGAUGUCAUCAUUUUUAUGCAUGCUUGGUUUCUUCAUACCGUUCACAUACAUUCCUGAUCUGGUAAACGACAUGGGAAUGACGUCAAAGCAAGGUGCUAUGAUUAUAUCAAUAAUCGGCAUAACUAACACUGUGGUGCGUGUGUUUGUCGGCUGGUUGGCGGACCGACCCUGGGCAGAUGCUCUUUUAAUCAAUAGUGUUGCUCUAUUGAUAGGGGGCGCUGCCACCAUGUUUGUACCCAUGUACGAUGUGUUUGGCGUUAUGGCGACGUAUGCAGUCGUUUUUGGGAUAAGUAUAGCCGUGUUCGUAUCUUAUCGCUCUAUCAUCAUGGCUGAACUGUUGGGUAUAGAGAAACUAACGUCCUCUUUUGGGCUCGUCACCAUGUGUCAGGGCUUAUCAGCAUUUAUUGGAGCCCCCAUAGCAGGCGCGUUGUCGGACGAGGCAGGCGACUACAAAGGGGCAUUCUAUCUGGCUGGAAUCACAAUCGCUUUUUCCGGUGUCAUCUGCUUCCCGCUACGCGCAAUCAACCGCUGGGAGAAACGGCGGGAAGAGGCGCGUUGCUACAAGAUGAACGGGGACGUGUUCUCCUCCGACAAUGAGAUCCACAUGACAUUAACAAGUCGUGAGACUCUUCCAGUAUGA